CCGCCCCUGUUGCCAAGCCUCUUCGGGAGUCCCAUGACCCUGAAGCUGUGCUUGACACUGUAAGACAUGGAAGGCUUCGCCAGCUCCGGGACGCAGACCGACGUGGUGGUGGUGCUGUCCCUGGCACAGGCUGCAGUCCUGGGCUUGGUGUCUGAGCAGGAAUUCUUUGGUGCCACGGUCAGUCCUGGAGGCUUCUUCUCUAGCUUUGCAAGCCAGCUCGAUGAACCCGCAACAGUUGAGUUGAAGCAGACAGAAAAUAAGCCCCCAUGGGCAAAGGAAGGCCAAGGCCAGGCAGAGGUACCCGAGGAGGAGGUGCUGGAGACAGAGGCGUCCUUCGGGAAACAUGCCCGCAGGAGGAAGCGGCCCCCGGUGAGGCUGGUGCCCAAGGUGAAGCAUGAGAAAGGGGCGGUGGAGCAGGAAGAGGGGCGGUAUGAGAGCUCUGGGCCAAGCGAGGACAAUGAAGAGCUGCCGAGCAGCCGCCCUGCAGGUCUGGAGCAACCCAGCUGUGAGCAGACGGUACAGAGCAGUGCCACCAAGAUGAUAGACCUGAGUACAUUCAACAGGAAGCCUCGGCGCCUCCGGGCUCUACGGAGGCAAGACCUCUCCCUGGGUAUGUGUGAGGACAAGCUCCCCAGCCCCCCACUGGCCAGCCUGGACAGCACUCCCGACCAGGCAGAGACCUUUCCCCAUGACUGUAGCUUUCGGGCCAACGCUCCUUCCUUAAGCAACGUGGAAGAUCGCAUGUCGGACUCUCCACUGGAGCAGGCCAAGGGCGAGGUGGGCUUUGUGUGGCAGGAGCCCAUGGAUUUUGAGGCAGAGGUCCACGGCGAGCACAGCAAGAAGGUGCAACUGGACCGCUUGGACAUCAACGUCCAGAUCGACGACUCCUACCUGGUGGAGAAGCGCUGGCAGUGCCGCCUCUGUGAGAAGUCCUACACCUCCAAGUACAACCUGGUGACCCACAUCCUGGGCCACAACGGCAUCAAGCCCCACUCGUGCCCCCACUGCAGCAAGCUCUUCAAGCAGCCCAGCCACCUGCAGACCCACCUGCUCACCCACCAGGGCACACGGCCUCACAAGUGCCAGGUGUGCCACAAGGCCUUCACCCAGACCAGCCACCUCAAGCGCCACAUGCUCUUGCACUCAGACAUCAAGCCCUACAGCUGCCGCUUCUGUGGCCGCGGCUUUGCCUACCCCAGUGAGUUGAAGGCCCACGAGGGCAAGCAUGAGAGCGGCCGCUGCCACGUCUGUGUGGAGUGUGGCCUCGACUUCUCCACGCUCACCCAGCUCAAGCGCCACCUGGCCACGCAUCAGGGGCCCACUCUAUACCCCUGCCCAGAGUGCAACAAGUCCUUCCACUACCGCAGCCAGCUGCAGAACCACAUGCUCAAGCACCAGAAUGUGCGGCCCUUUGUAUGCACAGAGUGCGGCAUGGAGUUCAGCCAGAUCCACCACCUCAAGCAGCACUCGCUGACCCACAAGGGCGUGAAAGAGUUCAAGUGCGAGGUGUGUGGGCGGGAGUUCACGCUGCAGGCCAACAUGAAGCGGCACAUGCUGAUCCACACCAGCGUGCGGCCCUACCAGUGCCACAUCUGCUUCAAGACCUUUGUGCAGAAGCAGACCCUCAAGACCCACAUGAUUGUGCACUCGCCCGUCAAGCCCUUCAAGUGCAAGGUGUGUGGGAAAUCCUUCAACCGCAUGUACAACCUCCUGGGCCAUAUGCAUUUGCAUGCCGGCAGCAAGCCCUUCAAGUGCCCAUAUUGCUCCAGCAAGUUCAACCUGAAGGGCAACCUCAGCCGGCACAUGAAGGUCAAGCAUGGUGUGAUGGACAUCAGCCUGGACAGCCAAGAUCCCAUGCUGGAGCUGACAGGCGCUGAUCGUGCAGAAUUGGACGGACAGCAGGAGAUGGAGGACUAUGAUGAGGAGAAUGCCUAUGACUAUGGGAUGGUGGGGAACCCUCCCGCAUCUGCCUUGGCGGAGCACGCCAUGAAGGAAAUGGCCUACUACAACAUGUUGUAGCUGAGAGUGGGGGGAAAGCAAGAGGGAGAGGCACAAGCCCCCCCUCCUGCUCUGGAAAGCUCAGCUUGGGCUGCACAGAACAGAGAGAGCUCUUGAACAUCUGGAGGGCCCCUCGGAAGCUGUAGCUGUUUAGCCCUGCCAUGGAUCUGUGGACGUCCCACUGCCACCCCUCGGCUGGAUGGCACCUUCCUCAGCAUCCCUGCAGGGCUAGAAGCCUCCCUUACCUUAUUCUACCUCCCACCACCCCUUGCAAAGGUGGCUCUGAAGCCGAUCACAAGCGCCCCCUUUGGACCAGGCGCCCCCAGAGGCUCCGUGAGAGACCAGCACCUGCCAGGGGGCGGGGCGGCAGAGCCGGGCUGGACUGCUCCCGUAUAACGCCCUGACAAACUACCUCUGCCCUGCACCAAAAAAGAAUGACUCAGGGCAGGGGGCCUUCCCCCUCAAAACAUGCCCCCUCCCCUUUUCCUAGCAGCGUGGUCAAGCCCACCUACCAUGCAGAACCGCCUGUGCAGUAUGAGGCCAUGUUAAGUUAUGAGGUCAUUUCCACAAAGUGGAUCGUUCCCCUUGUGCAGAGACCUACUGUGUUUACUUUCCUGUUCUGAAGAAAUUCAGCAAUAAAUGGCUAUUC